GUUUUCGAUUGCCGAACCAAAAGGAUGUUUCGGAAUGGUUAACCCCCUACGAACACCCUGGCCUGGCUGAUGGUAGGGGUACUCACGGCCUCACGGAGUCACGGGGUUGUGUUGUGCCUUAAGGGCGGGAAAGCGCGCGGUACACAAAAUUGAAGAAUCAACGUAGAGAGAGAAAGAGCAGCAACAUCAGAAAAUGGAGAGAGAGAGCGCAGGCGACGAUUUACAGAGCUUGAUAGAAGCCAUUAAAGCAUCGGAACUUGUCGAGACUCGUAUUCAGCUGAUCGCGAAGCUUGGGGUUCCAGUGCCACCUAAUAAAAGUUCGGACUUGGAUGCUCUUCUAGAAUUUUUCAUUACAUUAUGGGAAGGCUUUACAUGUCUGGAUGAGUCUCAGUGCUUACUGAACAAAGCAAUGUUAGAUGUGGCUGCCAAAUACCUAGAAGGAGACAGCUUCGGUGGCCAGGAGAAGUUUCUCACCCUGGGGGCUAAGGCUAGUGAGUGGUGUGCGAAGCAUCUAAAGAUGACACUUAUGUCAACUGAUGAUUCUCAAGAAGAGGAGCAUUGCAGUGUCUUUUUUCAGUUGCUGUUGGAGUGUUUGAACUUUUCUGUUGGUUGCUUUUUGUUGGUGAUAAGAAACCCGACAUUUGGAGAUGAGGGGUUGAUGGAUGCCCUUGUCAAGUUCAUCUUGGAGAAUCUGAACCUGAUUAAAGAUUUGAUUUCUGAAUUCAAGAAAAUUCAUUUAUCCACUUCAGAAUUACUGAAGGGAGUUGAGUUGGUUCUAGAUUCUGUGAUGAAACUCUGCAAAGUGUAUUCACAAACUGUAAACUGGGACCUGUGUGGUCAGAUAGCUGUUAAAGAUAGCAGUGGUUUGGAUGGAGAAGGAGGUGCAGACUUAAAUUAUGUUGUUAAAAUAAUCAAAUGUACUAUAGAGAAGCUUUCUGAACUGGGGACCCUAGCUGCAGAUAGUGGUGGAAGCCUGGUUACUGUUCUGAAUUUGUCAUGGAAAGGUGUUGUUUCCCUGCUCCAGCUUGGAGAAGGAAAAUUGGCAGAGAAAGUAAAUAUAGGAGACAUCAUUCUGAUUCUCUUCUCUCUGGCUACCGAUUCACUGAAAUGUGCUGCUGAAUCUUGGUAUUCCUCAGUUGGUCAAACAAUUUCAGUUACUGAAGCAAAAAGGGCAUUACUUCCAAUAAAAUUUUACCUGAUCAAUGCAGUUAGGAUUUCUUCUCAAUACCCACAUCAAGCAUUUUCAGUAUACCAGGAAGCCACUCUUUGUAUCUUGCUGCUUACAACCUUGAGAGUUACAUUCAGCAGCGAGACAAGUCUGAAAAAUGUCUGUGAAGCUAUGGAAGAACUCUUGAAGCCUACAUCUCUUCAUGUACUGAAGUCUUUACUAAAUUCAGCACAACUGUGUAAAGAUCAGAAACUCAAAAUUCUUGAUUGGUUAUUUGCUUUUGAUAGAGGCUUACCCUCCAGCAAUUCACAUCAGGACACUGACAUCCAAAAAGGUUUGUUGGAUGAAAUAUUCUCAGUGACAUGUGAAGCUAUGCCUACAGCCAGAACAUUGUUGCUUGGUCAGGUUGCCCUUUUUAUUGAUCUACUAAAAGUUUGUCCUGAUCUAGAAGAGAAUGUAAUACUUGGGAUCACUACAAAAAUGCAGUUGUGUUUGGAUGUUCUGGUUGAUGAAGAGGUUUAUUCAUCUGCUUUGGUUUUACUGAUUCCUGCAUCAUUUGCUGAUGGCAAAUCAUCAAUUCUGACUUGGGAGCCUUUUUUGGUUUCUUUUCUGCGUGCGCUAAAGAUCUUUAUGAUAGUUAUCUCUAGAACUCAAGUUUGGAGUGAAAUGGAGUUGUUCCUACUUCAUAACUUCUUUCAUCCUCACUUUCUUUGCUGGGAGAUCAUCAUGGAACUGUGGUGCUUUUUAGUGCGUCAUGCCGAGGACACCACAGUCAAUGCUGUUAUAGAUAAACUCUGUUCAUUAUACAAAAUGAUUGCAUCUUCUAAUUCCCUUAGGACUCUGCAUUGCACAUCGUUGAGGAAAAUGGCAAGAUCAAUGUGUCUACUUCUUUCUUCAUGUACCCCAUCCACGGUUGAUCGAGUUUAUAGGAUCAUUAUGACUGAUGACAGAUCGCACGAUUCUGCAGUCAUGUAUGCAGCUUUGUUAAUGGAAGGCUUCCAGCUGAAUUUAUUAUCAGAUAACUUGAAGAUUGCUGCCACUGAGAGAAUCUUUAGUGAGUAUAUUCACUUUGUUGAUAACUAUACGGAAAGUCCAUUGGACUCGUGUAGUUCUGAUGCCCUAAUGCUACCAGCUAUCGCACUUUGCUCUGCCUUGCAAUCAAUGCAAAUUGAUGCUUCCGGAAUUGAUAGGAAGACAUUAAAAUUCUUAUUAGUUGUUCUCCAAACAUAUAAGAAGUCUACAGACAGGAUCACCAAGAACAAUUGUUGCAGGCUUUUAAGUGAAGCACUGGGGAUUAUAUCAACUGCAAAACACCUAUAUGGCAAUGAUCAAAUGGAAGACAUAAUCAUUGAACUAAAAAACAUGUUCAUCUCAGGACCAACUGGUGGGGAAUCUGAAUUGCAGAAGUGCAAGAGUGCCCUAGCUUCGUUCAUGUCUAGCUUGGGUCAUAUGGAAAUGGCAGAAAAUGAAGAAAAUGAAAAGACUUCAGCUGUGUUGCAUUUAUAUCAUAUGCUGCUAAGAGAGAGACACUGGGCCCUCAUUCAUCUUGCAAUAUCUGCAUUUGGAUAUUUUGCUGCCCGCACUUCUUGCCGUCAACUUUGGAGAUUUGUCCCACCUGAUGCAGCACUAUCAUAUGAUGGAAACACCGGAACUGAUAUAAAUGAGGAAAAGUUUAUGUCCGAGUUGAAGGUGAUCCUGGAGAAAGAGGCAGCUCUUCCUGCAGCAACAGCUUCUACCACUGAGCAGCUUCAACUUGUUUUGAAGGAUGGUCUUAUUCUAAGAGAGCUAUUUCAGAAGGAUUCACACCUCAGUAUAGAUGCUAUGGAGUGUGACAUCAAGGUGACGCGUCGUGAAAAUAUAUCCAACAAAAGGAGGAAACUUCCUGAUGGAUUUUGUAGAGGAAUGGAGUUGUUGCAGAAUGGUUUGAAAACCAUGAAGGAUGGUCUGUCUCUAUGUCAACAAGAUCAGCCUGAUUCUAUUGAGGUUGAUGAUAAGAUCUUGAUUCAGUUCUCUCAUCUUGAAGAUAUGGUUAAUCGGUUGGUAGGGUUGGCUGAUGAUGGAUGAACUGUCAGGGGCACAAGAUUAUACAUCUUCAGAAUAACAAACGAAGCAGGGGGGUUGGUUCGACCUUCAUUACUCGCUUUCAUUUGUUUGCAAACAAGGGAUUGGUUUCCUUCUCUGUCUAGUACAAUGUUGGUGGCUUCUGGAUGGACGUUGUAACGCUCUUCAUGAACUAGAUUUAGUCGCUUCGCCAUGUUGGUUUACUCGAUAUAACUCACAGAAGCCAUUCUGUUUAUGUUGGAUCAUUGUUACACAAAUCAAAUGACUACAUUUCUGAUUUCUGGUUGGUAAAGAAGAUAUCUGUCAUUUGACAGUUUCUGCACACCAAUUAUUGAUGAACUAGCCUAUUGACUACGUUGCAAAAUGAAGGAUCUGCGAGGUUGGUUUUAUCUGAGAUGGAGAAUAACGAGAUCAUAUUGCACAACAAACACCAGACAAAUGUUGCUGACUUGUGAUGGUUCCGUAAAGUUGCCUGUGUAAUUUUGAGUUUACUUGUAAAUAACAUUUACCUAUAAGAUGCUGGUUUAGUUGUCAUGUACGUCGAGUCCGUCAAUUAUUUUUCUUCUUGUUUGGUUUAAAA